ACUACCUCUUACAACCGACCAUCUGUACUGUUUUCAUCAAAGUGAUACGAUUUCUUUUGGACAAGAAAAAAGCUUGUACAGAUUUUUCAGUUAACAAAUCUGGUCUUCUGCAAUUUUCUCUCACUUGGUUAGAAACUGCAGCCAUUUUCUCAUCUUUAAAACUCCCUCUUAACUCCACUACACACCAUUUUCUAACUCUCAAACAUUUUCUAACACUACUAUUUGAUCUGCAAAUCUACUAUUGAGUAGUUAAAAUCAAUAAAGUUUUGAUCUUUUCUGGUUUUUUGUACUUAAAAUUGGAUUCUUGAUUUCAUUUGGUGCAAUGGGGUUUGGUAAAAACAGAGCAAGUUCAUCUUCCCAUGUUUUGCGAAUCCCAAGAGAAGAUACACCACUUUUAGCAAACACCCAACACCUUUCUUCAUCCUCCAAAACUUUUGCUAAUGUUUUCAUAGCAGUAGUUGGAGCUGGAGUUCUUGGCCUUCCUUAUAGUUUCAAGAAAACAGGAUGGGUUAUGGGUUCUCUCAUGCUUUUAUCAGUAUCCUCUCUUACUUACUAUUGUAUGAUGCUUCUGAUCUAUUCGAGACGAAAGCUUGAAUCCCAUUACAAAGUUAUCAAGAUUUCAUCUUUUGGUGAUUUGGGAUAUGCUGUUUGUGGAUCCAUAGGUAGAUGUACAGUUGAUGCUAUGAUUGUUCUUUCCCAAGCUGGUUUUUGCAUCAGUUACUUGAUUUUUAUAGCUAAUACUUUAGCACACUUGUUCAAUUAUUCAAAUCCCAAAAUCUUGGGUUUGUCACCUAAAAAGGUGUAUAUUUGGAGUUGUUUCCCAUUUCAGUUGGGGUUGAAUUCAAUUCCUACACUCACCCAUUUAGCCCCUUUGAGUAUAUUUGCUGAUGUUGUUGAUUUGGGUGCUAUGGGGGUUGUUAUGGUUGAGGAUGUGUUGAUUUUUCUCAAGAAUAGACCAGUUCUUGAAGCAUUUGGUGGGUUUAGUGUUUUCUUCUAUGGUCUUGGUGUAUCUAUCUAUGCUUUUGAAGGUGUUGGAAUGGUUUUACCUUUGGAAGCAGAGACACUUAAACCCUUGAAACUACCUCUUACAACCGACCAUCUGUACUGUUUUCAUCAAAGUGAUACGAUUUCUUUUGGACAAGAAAAAAGCUUGUACAGAUUUUUCAGUUAA